CUCCAGUUUUUGUUCUUAAUUUCUGGGCAAACAAGAGCCCAAGAAGAAUUUAAGUUUGAGGCUAAUUGUUAGGUAAAUUGAAUAGAAAAGAUGAAUUUUAUGAAGAAUGGAGUUCGCAGAUUGCCCCCUGGAUUUAGGUUCCAGCCAACAGAUGAAGAGCUUGUGUUUCAGUACUUAAAAUGCAAGGUUCUUUCAUGUCCACUGCCUACAUCGAUCAUUCCUGAAGUCAAUGUCUGCAACUACGAUCCUUGGGAUUUGCCAGGUAAUUGUGAAGAACAGGAGAGGUAUUUCUUCAGUCACAAGGAAGCGAAAUACAGAAAUGGUAAUCGAAUGAACCGAACGACCAGGUCUGGGUAUUGGAAGGCAACUGGUUCAGACAAGAAAAUAUCGUCUCCAACAAAUAACAACAACAAUAAUAGUUUUUCUGGGGUGAGAAAAACCUUAGCAUUUUACGAAGGGAAGGCUCCAAACGGCUCUAGAACUAACUGGGUCAUGCACGAAUAUCGCCUUGUCAUUGCAGAAACGAGCGCUCCCAACUCAACCCACCUGAGUCAUGGGAAGGAGGUAGGAGACUGGGUUCUGUGUCGGAUAAGCAUGAAGGCGGGAAGAGAAGGCGGUGAGGCGAGAAUGAUGAGGAGAAGCUCAGAGAUAGAUGUUGAUGUGGGAGAAACAAGAUUCUUUGAUUUUACGAGGGUAACAGGGAUUGCUGCGAAACUCCAUUAUUCUGACACGUCAUCGUCUUGUUCCAGUUCUAGCGACAUCACAGAGGUGUGUUCAUACGUAGCAGAUCAUGAAGAAACAAGUGGCCAUAGCUAUAGUACUGCUGGCUCCUAAAAGUUAAUUAUAAGAUCGAACCACUUAUAUAUAAUUAUAUAUAUAUAUAUAUAUAGAGAGAGAGAGAGAGCUAUUUACAUAUGUUUCUGAGUAUGGAUCAAAUGCCUGAAAUUAAAUUAUUCACUCUAAUUUCUUCUUAAUUAGCACAACACAAUGAGGAGCGAUAUGGAUUUGCAGUGGCCGGAUGCAUCUGAUGAGAUUCUUAAAUGAUAAGCUGAUCCUUCUCUUCU